CCCACCGAGUACGUGAAAACGCAGCUGCAGCUGGAUGAGAAGGCAAACCCUCCCCGCUACAAGGGCAUCGGGGACUGCGUGAAGCAGACCGUGCGUGACCAUGGCAUCCGGGGGCUGGGCGCCGGCGUGGCCGAGGCUGUGAUGGUGGUCUGCCCCAUGGAGACCAUAAAGGUGAAGUUCAUCCAUGACCAGUGCUCCCCCAAGCCCAAAUACCGUGGCUUCUUCCAUGGUGUCCGGGAGAUCAUUCGGGAACAGGGACUAAAGGGGACCUACCAGGGCUUAACCGCGACUGUCCUCAAGCAAGGAUCAAACCAGGCCAUCCGCUUCUUCGUCAUGACCUCUCUGAAGAACUGGUACAAAGGGGACAAUCCCAACAAGCCCAUCAACCCCUUUGUCACGGGGGUGUUUGGAGCCCUUGCCGGAGCUGCGAGCGUCUUCGGCAACACCCCCUUGGAUGUGGUGAAGACCAGGAUGCAGGGGCUGGAAGCACACAAGUACAAGAGCACCUGGGACUGCGCCUACCAGAUCAUGAAAUACGAAGGGCCCCUGGCGUAA